AUGGCAGACUUUGUAAUAUUACGAGAUUCAACGGCCUAUAACAUCAUCCUGGGAUCGUCCUCCAACUGCCGGAAGUUCAUGUGGAGGCAGGUGAUAACCCGUUUCGGCAUCCCUGAGGUCGUUAUCUCGGACAAUGGGACUCAGUUCACCGACAAGAAGUUCAUGGAAUUCCUCUCUGGCCUGGGGAUAAAGCAAAAGUUCUCCUCAAAGCGCCUAGACAGCAAGAAGGGAAACUGGGCCGACGAACUCCCCUCCGUCUUAUGGUCCUACCGGACAACCGAGCAAAGCGCCACGAGAGAAACCCCCUUUCGCCUAACCUAUGGGGUCGACGCGGUAAUACCAGUUGAAAUCGGCGAACCAAGCCCCCGACUACUCCUCGCGGGCAUGAGCGAAGCGGUUGAGAAAGACUUGGUCGAAGAAACAAGGGAGAUGGCUCACCUAACAGAGACGGCGCUGAAACAAAGAAUGGCCCUGCGUUACAACGCAAAAGUCCUCAAACGGGACUUCGAAGAAGGGGACCUCGUCCUACGACGCAACGACAUCGGCGUCCCGACCCCAGGAGAAGGCAAGCUGGCGGUAAAUUGGAAAGGCCCCUACAGGGUUAGGGAAGACAUAAGCCCGCCCAGAUUAAACGGUAACACGAAAACGACAACACGACAAAAUAAUGAAACAAGCAAGAAAUCAUAG